CGGGGUUCUCAGUCGCCAGCCAUUCCUAGGGAGGACUGCCGGCGGUUCGGACGUCUUGCCUGUCGCUGGAGGAGAGGUCCCGGCUCUCCGGGAAGGCGGCUGCGGCGGCAAAAUGAAGAUAUUUGUGGGAAACGUCGAUGGGGCCGAUACGACGCCGGAGGAGCUGGCAGCUCUCUUCGCGCCCUACGGCACGGUCAUGAGCUGCGCCGUCAUGAAACAGUUCGCCUUCGUGCACAUGCGCGAGAACGCGGGCGCGGUGCGCGCCAUCGAGGCCCUGCAUGGCCACGAGCUGCGGCCGGGACGCGCGCUCGUGGUGGAGAUGUCGCGCCCACGGCCUCUUAACACUUGGAAGAUAUUCGUGGGCAAUGUAUCGGCAGCGUGCACCAGCCAGGAAUUGCGCAGCCUCUUCGAGCGCCGCGGACGCGUCAUCGAGUGUGACGUGGUAAAAGACUACGCGUUUGUUCACAUGGAGAAGGAAGCAGAUGCCAAAGCCGCCAUCGCGCAGCUCAACGGCAAAGAAGUGAAGGGCAAGCGCAUCAACGUGGAACUCUCAACCAAGGGUCAGAAGAAGGGGCCUGGCCUGGCUAUCCAGUCUGGGGACAAGACCAAGAAACCAGGGGCUGGGGAUACAGCAUUCCCUGGAACUGGUGGCUUCUCUGCCACCUUCGACUACCAGCAGGCUUUUGGCAACAGCACUGGUGGCUUUGAUGGGCAAGCCCGUCAGCCCACACCACCCUUCUUUGGUCGCGACCGCAGCCCCCUGCGCCGUUCACCUCCCCGAGCCUCGUAUGUGGCUCCUCUGACGGCCCAGCCAGCCACCUACCGGGCCCAGCCCUCAGUGUCACUGGGCGCUGCCUACAGGGCCCAGCCUUCUGCCUCUUUGGGUGUCGGCUAUCGGACUCAGCCCAUGACAGCCCAGGCAGCCUCUUACCGCGCUCAGCCCUCUGUUUCCCUUGGGGCCCCAUACAGGGGCCAGCUGGCUAGCCCUAGCUCCCAAUCGGCUGCAGCUUCCUCGCUUGGCCCGUACGGUGGAGCCCAGCCCUCGGCCUCGGCCCUCUCCUCUUAUGGGGGUCAGCCAGCUGCGGCUUCUUCGCUCAACUCCUAUGGGGCUCAGGGCUCCUCCCUUGCCUCCUAUGGUAACCAACCAUCCUCUUAUGGGGCACAGGCUGCUUCUUCCUAUGGGGUUCGUGCAGCUGCCUCCUCCUACAAUACCCAGGGAGCAGCUAACUCCCUAGGCUCCUACGGGGCCCAGGCAGCCUCCUAUGGGGCCCAGUCUGCAGCCUCAUCACUAGCUUAUGGGGCCCAGGCAGCUUCUUACAAUGCCCAGCCUUCAGCCUCUUACAAUGCCCAGUCUGCCCCAUAUGCUGCACAGCAGGCUGCUUCCUAUUCUUCCCAACCUGCUGCCUAUGUGGCACAACCAGCUACAGCUGCUGCUUACGCGAGCCAGCCAGCUGCCUAUGCCGCACAAGCCACCACCCCAAUGGCUGGCUCCUAUGGGGCCCAGCCAGUUGUUCAGACCCAGCUGAAUAGUUACGGAGCCCAAGCAUCGAUGGGCCUGUCAGGCUCCUAUGGGGCUCAGUCAGCUGCUGCGGCCACCGGCUCCUAUGGCGCUGCAGCUGCCUAUGGGGCCCAACCUUCUGCCACCCUGGCAGCUCCUUACCGCACUCAGUCGUCAGCCUCAUUGGCUGCUUCCUAUGCUGCACAGCAGCAUCCUCAGGCUGCUGCCUCCUACCGUGGCCAGCCGGGCAAUGCCUACGACGGGACAGGUCAGCCGUCUGCAGCCUACCUGUCCAUGUCCCAGGGGGCCGUUGCCAACGCCAACAGCACCCCGCCGCCCUAUGAGCGUACCCGCCUCUCCCCACCCCGGGCCAGCUACGACGAUCCGUACAAAAAGGCUGUCGCCAUGUCGAAAAGGUAUGGUUCCGACCGGCGUUUAGCCGAGCUCUCUGAUUACCGCCGUUUAUCAGAGUCGCAGCUUUCGUUCCGCCGCUCGCCGACAAAGUCCUCGCUGGAUUACCGUCGCCUGCCCGAUGCCCAUUCCGAUUACGCACGCUAUUCGGGCUCCUAUAAUGAUUACCUGCGGGCAGCUCAGAUGCACUCUGGCUACCAGCGCCGCAUGUAGGGCCGUCCUGGGAUGGGGCACCACAGAGAGGGAAGGAGAGGAGAGAUGGGGUGGUAUGGCACAGACCCAGGUUAUAACCGCUGGCCCAUACCUUUCAUGUUGGUGGUUUUUCAUCCCCUCUACCAUGUGGGCCUUCCCCAGGAGACGAUCCUUUGAGUGUUCGGCAGUAACCUACUUUGUUCCUUCGCCUCAGCAGCAAAUCUUGCCACUGGCUCUAGAUCUGCGGUUCCCCUCUCCCCUGCCCCAUCUCCCUAGGAUGGGAAUCUCUUUUAUGUUUUGAUUUUUUUUCCUGGCUCCCUUUUAUUUUUGUGCGCGAUAUUUAAGGUCGUCUGGAUGGGGAAGCAACCUGCAGCUGAGGUCGGCGGCGCCUUUUUCUUUUUAGAUGUGAGGGAGGCCAGGAAAGGGUUAGCUUAACCAUUUCCUGUGCGCCAAGCUGUGCCAGGUGUCCAGGGGGCCCUGACUCUGUCCCUCUGUAGACUGUGUUGAGACUGAGCUCCUGCUGGGACAGUCGGUUGGAACAUGUCCAGUCCCUACUGACUCCUGAUGUUCUAGCUGAUGCUGUGCGGCACAGUGCACUUCCCCAUCUCCCCAAGUAGGUGGUGUUAGAAAACCUUAAUUUUUUUUCCCUUUUGUAUGGACUACAAAUAAAACUUGGGGCGAUUUGCAGUUUGGAAACCUGGUUGUCAUUGUCUUGAUUGCACUGUUUCAGAGAAGCCAGUUUGACAUCCAGGAAUACAUGACAGCUAAAGGGAAGGUGGUCAGAGGACCCAGGGCAGAUGAGGAAAGGGGUCUGAACCUGGGAAUUAGAAUGAUUUCUCUGCUGCUGGAGGGAUUUAACUCCUCCUUUCUCUGCUAGUCUGCCAUCUUAAGGACUGGAGAAUCUGGACAAAGUUGCUUCGACUUGAGUUAAUCACACCAAAGUGCAGUAAAUUUAUUGCCCAUUUUCCUCGCCCAUGCUUGGCUGUUUUCCUUGACUUGUCUCCAGCUCAGAAACAACCUGGACUCCAGCAGGGUGGUUCUGAGGUUUUGACUUCUCAAGUGAGAAGUGGGGAAUGGGCUGCUUUGGUGCUUAGAAGACUAGCAGGGCCUUCAGGCAGUGGGCUCCACUGAGUACUGGGGCUGGGACCUGGAAAGGGGUCAGUUGGGUUUGGGGGGUCAUGUUAACUGUGUGGCAGUGUCUUUGUGGUUGGGACCUUUGGAAGCCAGUAUGGGGGGAUUCUGGCCAUAGACCUGGUAUUUUGCCUGUUGAACAUCAUCCUGGAGCGUCCUGCCUGCGUCCUGCCAACCCCUGCCAUCAUAGUCACCGGCGACUGCAAAUUCCUUCUCUACAUCUGUUAGGGUUUCCAGAUGUUUUCUGGCUGGGUUUAUAUUUAAAGGUGUUAUGAUAGACCAUGGGAAGGGGGCACGGUGCAAGCAUAACUAAGAAGGGUGCUGGGAUAAUAAGGAAUUGAUUCUUUCCAUACUUUUACUCUGGGACUAGGGGCUCAGAGGACCUGGGCACAAAAUAAGAUGAUUCUAGCCAUGACAAGAUGGAAGCUUGAGCUUCCUGAUGGGUGAAUGGGAGACUGGUUGGGUAGGGUGGUAACAGGAACCCUAACAUUCCUUUGGAAAGAGGGCUUUAGAGAUUUGAUUUGGGAGUCUUUUUGGGCAAGGUGAUUUGGGGGAGGUGUAUUGUCAAGUGGAGUUCAGGUUGGUUCUCUUCUGCCUCCACUGGCUUCUUGUGAACUUGCUUGUGACCCAACAGUUUGCCCCAGGUGUUCUCUUCCCUCUGCCCAGUGGGCCAAAAGCACAUGCUCUGUAUUAAGUAUGAACUACUUGUGGAUGCAAACUGGAGUAAUCUCAGGGGUGCUGAGGCCAUGGCUCUCUUUUCUGCUCACUGCUUUGCUGCUGCUUUCCAUUUCUUUUAAGGACUGGGAGGAGGGGGAAUCUAAUAGGUUUCUUGUCACUUUUCUGCAGUGAGAGUGGGGUUAUGACAGGGCAACCUAACAGACUUAGUUCUGGUUAUUUCCAUGGAAAAUCAAGGGUUGUUUAAUUGUAGUGCUGUGAUUGUGGCCUGUGUAUUUGUAAUUACUUCUUUGUCAGCGUGACUUUCUGUCAUCUUUCUCUCCAGUGAACGUUCAGCCACUGUCCCAGUCCCACAGUUCCUGUGAAAAUAGCCUAUUGUGCUCUCAGGGCUAGUGCUGAUAUUUCUUUAUUACAGCUUAAAUUCUUCAGAGCAACCUGGCCGAGAUGAUCACUCAACUUGUCAUCUCUAGGUACUGAUGCUCUUACUGCCUCUGCUGCCAGGCUUCUGGUUUGGCUCUAAAGCCAAAUCACUUGUCAUUUUCCUCUUCCUUGCAGAUUGUUUUAAAAUUCUCUUCCCCUUUUUUAUUUAAAUUAUGCUACCUGUGUUAAUCCUAUAGCCCGCUUCUCCUACUUUGCUUUUUGUGGAUUUCUGAUUUCCAGGGUCCUGUAACUUGAAGAGGGUUGUGUUGAGCGAAUGGGAGGAGAGACAUUUAAUGUGUUUCGGGAAAAGGGGGUGGGAAUAUGGGCUCACAAUAUCCUUCAGGUCCUUGCACUUCUGACCUAUCAGCUCUAACUUGAUCUUCAUUGGAGAAGUUUUAAAUGAUUUAUUCCUGGAACAAGACUAAAGUCUUCUCACCUCAUCAGUCUGUUCUCUGAGGUUUGGACCUUGUUUCAGAUUGUCUGGGGUGGGCUUGGGGCUGCUACCCUUAUACUGGCGGUAAUGGGACUCACUGAGUGGUCAGCCUCUAUAGUAGGGUGCCUUUCUAGUCACUGUCCAUUAGUUAAGCUCUGCCAAAGUCUGUGCCCAGACAGUUGGUUCCAGUCAUUUUGUCUUACUAAGCCAAGUAAGUUGACUAUAAUGUCAUACUGAAAAUAAAUUUCCUAGAUUUAUGGACCAGUAUGUAGUGUGUUUAAUAGGAGGUUUGGGUAAUAAAGAUAAGAUGGAUAGGACAGGUGGAAGAUACUUACCUUUCUUUCUUUAGGUGCCUUUAAAAGAUCAUUAAGGGUAGAAUCUAGUUUUCCAGGAAAAAAAGUUCUUAAAAGGAUUUCAAGUCUGUAAAUCAUUAGAAAUACGGUAUGUCUGUAGUGCUGGAAAUAGUGUUGAGGCAGCUGAGGUGAAAUACAGUGAUCACCCUUGGGCUGAUCUUGGGGAAUGGGUAGCCCAGGGAAGGCAGGACCUACCUUGAUGAAUUAGUUACAUACAGUUAAUAAGCAGUGCCCAGGCCUUCCCUGGCAGUCCGGUGGUUUUCACUGUGCUUCCGCUGCAGAGUGGUGUGGGUUUGAUCCCUAGUUGGGGAACUAAGAUACCCGUAUGUCCUGGGAGGCAAAAAAAAAAAAAA